GGCGGAAUGACGAUUCGACUCGACCCUGAAUUUCAACAACCCCUCCCCCACUACUGACCACAUACACCACCCCUCUCCCCGACCAAGAUAAAGCUCCUACUUUCUGCUUACUUGAGCAAGUGCACUAGCUUAUCCCUUUUUCGAAAGAAAGUGAAAGCGGGCAAAAUGUCUAGACACAAACUAGUCAAGAACUUGGAUCUUGACGACGAGCUGGAUGAUUUUGAUGGUGGGGGGAACUAUGAUGAUGGUGCUGGUGGUGAAGAGUUGAGUGAAGAGGACCAAGGUCUGCCCCUCAUCCCGACCCCUCCCUCCUCGAGCCCGGCCAUUGUCCCAGACUGCAGUUGGAGCCCGAGAAUUGGAAACGGAGGCUGAUAUCCAGCAGAACAAAUGCGCCUCGGCACGAUCGCAGUCCGCGAAGCCCUCCCCCCCACUGCGGCAUAUGUAACGGAUAAAGAGAUACAGGA